GCAAGACUUUGUAAAUGACAUAAUCGGGUCGAAAUGCUUCGGCUAUCACUUCCGAAUUCAUCCACUCAUCCCAUCCCCAUAACCACCCAAUGCUCGCGAGACCAGUCUUGACGCCAAAACGCUCAUCGACAGCUCCGGCAACACUGCCAGGGACGCCAGAGACUCCCAUACGCAAGUCUCAUCCACCGAUACAACCUCGCUCGCGGGAUUCAAAACCGGGUGUCCACCCACUACAGGAUGAGAUUGACCGGCUCAUGGCGGCAUGCGAUGAGCACGAGCGGAAGAUCAGAGCGACAAAGUCCUCUAUCGAACAUCGGCUGUACAACGAGUUACCUCACGUUUUGACACGUUUGAAUGAAGUCGAUGUCCAGGCAGAGAACACUGCGACAAGCAUACAGUCUGCUGUAGACACCGUGCGGGAACCGAUCAAGAAGAAGCUAGGAGAUCUCGUAGCGGCUCGAGAACGAGAUGUGGAAACCAUGCGAGCGCGGACGACCCCAUGGCGGAGCUUUUUCGAGGAGGAGGAGGAAAAUGGACUGGGCACCAAGAUCACCCGCGUGGCAGGAGCGGGGGCAGCUGGAGAUGAUUCGGAUGGUCUUGCAAGAAUAGAGAAAUGGGCAGAGGAGGUGGAAAUAUACCUUUCCAGUGAGAUCAUACGGCUCAAAGCUGCCAUGUCUUCCAAAUCGAGGCGGAAAAGUCUUCUCAGUGGAUUGAUCAGCUUCAUCCUCAUGAUCAUCGUCGCUCUCAUCGGGAUAGGUUGGGCAGCGAGCAGAAAAUGGGGGUAGUCGGCUUUCUAGGCAUGGAUCCAUUGUCGACAUCGGCUUGACACCUCGUAACACUGCUCUCCCAGCUUGACGAUCAUAGUGUACUUCUUGGGUCAAAUGCGGCACCAACUAUCCAUGAGCGCGGGAAGUAACCCUUCGGUGCGCCAUGGACGCGACAAUUGACGACGUGCUCGACGCACCGUGUGCUAUUCGCACAACGAUUGGAUUCACAGACAUACGCAUUGAUGCAUCCCUCAUUUGCUUCCCCAGCAAU